AUGAACGCCAACGGCACCAAGCUUCGGAUCGUGGUCGUGGGCGGCGGGAUAGCUGGGCUGGCCGCCGCCGCCAUUCUUCGACAGAAACAUGACGUCGUGGUCUACGAUCGCGACCCGGAAGACGCGCCCGAGCGAGGCGCCGGCAUCGGACUCGGGCCCAACGGGAGCAAGAUGCUUAAGAGCGCGUUCCAGUUUAGCCCGGAGAAUGUAAAGGCGACGGUGUGUUCUGGUACGAGGACAUACGACAAGGAGGGGAACUUGUUGCGAGAGAUCACCGGCGUGACGGAACCGUUCGGGAGCGAGUGGCUGUUGAUGCAUCGACAGGAUCUGAAGGAGGAGUUGACCAGACUGGCGACGGGAGAUGCUGCGAAGCUGGGUAUCUCUGGGCCUCAGGCUAAGAUUGUGCAUGGUGUGGAGGUGAAAGAGGUAGAUGUUGAGUUAGGGAAGGUUGUCCUGAGUAAUGGGGAGGUGGUUGAAGCAGACGUUAUCGUUGGUGCUGAUGGGAUUCAUUCCGUUGUGCGGGAAGCUAUCCUCGGCGGAGAGCCGAACAUGGUGUCAUCCGGUGUUUCGCUCUACCGCUUCGUCUACUCCCUGGACAAGGCAAAGGAGGUACUUGGAGGCCUACCAGCCGCGAUUGAUCCCGACGCGGGCGGGUUUCUCAAUAUGAUGACAGCCGACGACGACUUGAGACGCAACAUAAUCUUUUACCCGUGCCGUAAUAACACCGCUCUCAACGUUGUUGCUCGAGUACCCGACACCAUGCUGUCACAAGAGAGUGAAGCAUCGUGGAGUGCUGAAGGUAACAAGGCGGAAAUGCUCGAAAACUUGAAGGAUUUCGCUCCCUGGAUGCUGGAAAUCAUGAGAAACGUCGAAGAUGUGAGGUUGUACAAAGUCAAAGACGCGGAUCCGUUGACUCACUACGUCGGAGGCCGCGCCGUCAUUCUUGGGGACGCAGCCCAUCCGAUGACGCCGUUCCAGGGACAAGGGGCAACCCAGGCAAUCGAGGACGCCGAAGGUCUUCGUCUUCUUCUCCACGAUAACGUCAACGCAAGCAACGUUUUCGGAGUGUUGCAAACUUGGGAUUCCGUGAGGAGGCCGCGGGCAUCGCAGGUUCAACAGAACUCGCGGUAUGCGACGGACAUCUCUGCGCAGGGUCAGCUGGACAGGAUGAGACUUAACUGGACGUACAACGGGAUUCACGCAGCUCUGAGAAAUCGGUGA